AACACAUGGUACUCAUUCAUCAGAGAGGAGUCGGCAACCGGCCUGUGCUAGUACUAUAAAAAGUAAGUCCCGCCAGAGUUAACGUUGGUUUUUGAAGACGAAAGUGUGCUUUAAGGAUAAUUUCAGGGUAACUUUCAACGCGCACAAUGGCCGAGAAGAUGGACGUGGAGCAGGGGAAGACAUCUAAUGGCGAGCCGCUGGCCAACGGUCUGGCCAGCCCCAAGGACCGCAGCCCGGAGCCGCUGUCCCAGCGGGUGAAGAGGAUAGUGAUGGCCAACUUGCUGGUCAUCCUCACCGUGGCCGGGGUCAUCAUCGGCGUUUUUAUCGGACUUGGCGUGCGCAACGCGACGCUCACCAGGACCCAAAUCAUCUACAUCGGUUUCCCCGGCGAGUUGCUAAUAAGGCUGCUGAAGAUGAUCAUCAUCCCCUUGGUGGUGUGCAGUCUGGUGUCCGGGGCGGCCAGCAUCGACCCUAAAGCCCUCGGCAAACUGGGCGGCUGGGCCAUGCUCUUCUUCUUGGUCACCACGCUAAUCGCGUCGUCCAUUGGGGUCGUGAUGGCUUUUAUCUUAACCCCCGGGUCGGUGUCUAUCAACAAACCCUCUGUGCCAGGUUUGGACGACGAGGUGCCCGCCCCUAAAGAAGUGAUAGACUCCUUCUUAGAUUUGGUCAGAAACAUCUUUCCGUCCAACCUGGUGUCUGCUGCCUUUCAAUCAUAUGCAACCAGCUACAAGGAAAUCACCAGGAACAUCACAAAUGGAACCCUCAAUGUCACAGUGGAGAAGGUGCCUGUUGGAACAGAGCAGGACGGCAUGAAUAUUCUUGGUCUGGUAGUGUUUGCCAUUGUGUUCGGUAUUGCUUUGAGGAAGCUGGGAGAAGAAGGAGAGAUACUCAUCAAGUUCUUCAACUCCUUCAACGAGGCCACCAUGGUGCUGGUGUCCUGGAUCAUGUGGUAUGCCCCUCUUGGUAUCAUGUUUCUUGUAGCUGGCAAGAUUGUAGAGAUGGACAAUGUUGGCAAACUGUUUGCCAGUCUGGGAAAAUACAUAGCCUGCUGUAUCGUCGGACACGCCAUCCAUGGCGCUCUUGUGCUGCCCGCCAUCUACUUCAUCAUUACAAGGAAGAACCCAUACACCUUCCUCUGGGGAAUAUUCACAGCCCUGGCAACGGCCUUUGGAACAAGCUCCAGCUCUGCCACGCUGCCCCUCAUGAUGAAGUGCGUGGAGGAAAAUAACGGCGUAUCCAAGCACAUCAGCCGUUUUAUCCUGCCCAUCGGAGCGACGGUCAACAUGGACGGAGCUGCUCUCUUUCAGUGUGUGGCUGCUGUUUUCAUCGCUCAGCUGAACAACACCCCACUUAACUUCAUCCAAAUCAUUACCAUCCUUGUGACAGCUACAGCGUCCAGUGUUGGAGCAGCAGGUAUACCUGCUGGUGGCGUGUUGACGCUGGCCAUCAUCCUGGAGGCCAUAGGACUUCCCACCAAUGACAUCUCUCUCAUCCUGGCUGUUGACUGGCUUGUUGACCGUACCUGCACAGUGCUGAACGUGGAGGGCGAUGCCUUUGGAGCCGGGCUCUUGCAGUUCUUUGUGGACCGCACGGCCAAACAAGAGGAGGGCGCAGAGCUGAGUGACAUCAGGCUGGAGGGAGACCAGUCGGCUCCCGCCCCCGAGCGCUCGCCACUCAUCGAGAAGCGAGAUUGGAGGGACGGUGCAGACAGUGCAGACGGUGCAAAGGUGGUUCUGUCCGAGUCCGUCAUGUAAUCCAGCUGCUGACAUCAUCAAUGACCCGCUCACUUAGUUGCCACUCAUGCAAGCUGAAACUUGAGGUUCAAGCCCCUCCUUUUCUGCCCCCUCCCCCCGAAGAAACUGGUUCAGGAAGAACAUGCAAAGAGAAGCUCUCUGUUCUCAACCCUUUUCUCAACACAGGAAGCCCAAACAUGACACAAGCACAGUGACUUCUGUUUCCGUUUUGAGCGACAGUAUUGCACAUUAGUCCAGCUACCGUGUUGACUCAAGACUAGUGUUGGUUAUAUUUGGUCGGUCCACAUCAAUUUUAAAGUCAGAAUUUUAUCAUGUGACCAAUAUCCAGUAUACUACCUCCACUGGGACGUCAAAUGGCUGGAGCAGUGAGCCUCUGCAGAAUGUCAUAUCUAAUGGUCUAAAUGAAGCCGUCAUUAAUGAUGGACACAUGGAUGUAUUUACCUUUUGGCCCACUGUUACUAAAUCGCACACUCAGAUUUCUCUCACACCCCGCAGAAGUAAACCACUGCUAUGCACCACGUCCUGGUGGAAAACAUGAGCAUUUCUGACUUUAAACGCUGACGAGGACCGCCGUAUAGCUUGCUGCACCCGGUCUACGUUAGCGAGACAAAGUUUUCAUCUUCUCCGUUUGGACUGUAGACCUUGAAAAUGUUUUGUUUCACUGUCAGUUUUUGUGUUCAGCGUUUUCAGAUUUCAGUCGUCCCAUACAGGAAAACGAUCACGGAUGUCGAUAAAUGUAUUUGAAUCGGAACAUGCUAUGUUUGAAUAUUUAAUUAUACAUGAUGACGGCCAUUUUCAUGCAGAUUCCAUCUAAUGUGUUUAAAGUGAAGGGCUUGUAUAUGAUAUGUCAUAAAGCAUGUAAAGCAUAUUGGAUACCCAUGUUCCAUAUACUCUGCAUGAAAAUGGCUGUGAUGGUGUAUGACAAAAUGCAUGUUUGUAGUUGUCUCUGAGGCGGUUGAGGGCUUUUAUUAGUCUGCCAGUGUGUGUGUGGCGACUUCAUGCUAAUGGUUCUCUUUUGUACGAUGCCUUUCUCAUGGUGAGAAGCAAUAGAGCUGUAAAAUCUGUUCUCAAGGUCUGAAGCGCACUAAAGGAAAUGAUAUCCUCAACGACUUCCCAAAGCUGAAUGAACGUUUUUACUCAAGGACUCACACUACGUCAACACGCGGGGACAGAGAUCCUCCGAGCGUGCCUCUUUAUAUGGACCUCAGUGCGAUGGCAGGCAGCGCAUCCUCAGGUUUAACUAUGGCUUGAAGACUGUCCCUAAUAUUCUGAGACCAAAAGUCACACCAGCAACAGGAAGGAGGCCGUUGGAUCCUGUAACAUUGAAUUUCCAGGGAGAUGAGCUUUUUAUUUUUAUUUUUUUCAUUAUAGUCCGCAUUUUGCUCUGCUGCUCUUUGUCGGUCCCAGCAUCUCAGCGAGGCACAAAUGGGUUUUAAAGCACAGUAUGUAACAAGGAGGGACCGUCUGUCUGAUGUGUAAAGUGACUACAUGUGAUGUGUAAGCAACAAAAGUCUUUCCACUACAAGGCUGUCUCUACAUUGUCAGAAUAGCAGCAGUGGACGGCUGUUUCCUUUGACAGCUGAGGCCUGAACAGCUACAGGACUCAAGUCAAAGUAAGCACGUCUCAACUUAAACCUAUUUAUGUUCUGGCUGUGAUGGCCAUGAACAUGAAAUACUUGUAUGGGCUAUAGGCCUUGUAUGUCAAGUUGAUGCCUCAGAUAAUUAUUUGUUGUAAUUCAUAUUUAUUUCACGAAUCAGAAUCCAAAGAACGUUUAGCCAAUGUUUUGAGUUGUUAGUACAAACUUUUUCUUCUUGCCAGCGCUCUUGUAAUAACUGGUGGGUGAUAGCUUUUUAUAUUAUCGUGUUCAUCUUUUGGUCCUGGUCUUCUCUUGGCUCUGUGUCGAGACUGUGUGUGUGUAGAAGGUGCUUGCGUUUGGUGAUUUUUCUUUUGCAGUACCCUUUCUUUUGUACCCUGGAGUGAUAUUGUCUGUUUCAAACACAUUAUGCAGCAUAUGCUGUAUGUAUAUGGAUGUACGAUUUUAAUAUUGAAUGUUUAUCUCUUCCAUCCAUAUCAUCUUUUCACAGUUUAAAGCUCUACCAAAGUUUUGCAGGAUUUCCCAUGAUGGUUGUCUGUGAAAUCACUGCAGGCCUGAAGUCUCAUCACUUCUACAGUUUUUGUAUAACAUGUACAAAAACAUCAGUUUCUUCAAAACAGUUAUUGUGCUUCAGUUUCUACUCAGUGUCUUUUUGGUGCAAGGUUGUUAAAAUGUUAACAUUCCUCUGUCUGGUUCGAUCAUAGCAUUUGUGUUGUAUGUAUGCACAUGAUACUGAAAUAUAAUUAUUACAGCUAAAUGGCUGAGUUUAAUGUUUCCAAACAUCUGUCCCAGUUACAGUCUGAACAUGCUGUCCAUCCAGGUUUUAAACAAUAAAGGCCUUUUUUUUUUAUUUAUAAUUAUUUGGCUGUGUCUCUUGGCUGUUGCAAAGCCAGAACUGCACACCACAGCUACAUUAUGCAGUUUCUGAUAAACUGAAGGAUGAAGUGUUCCUUUAAUUCUCCAAAUUCUUAAGCUAAAUUAACUAUUUAAAAUGGUCUUGGAUUAGCUGGAAGCUGCAUGGCCACAAAGCUGAAAACAGGGCUGUUUUUCUGUGCUCAUGACAGUGGUGCUGCAAACAUGAUCUUAUCAAGUUAUUCAUGC